GUUGGCAAAGACUGCCAUCUACUAUUUACUUAUAUAAUAUUUUAAUUCUUAGCUAUCUUUAUCUUUUACAAUUUUACAAAGUGUUUUACGAAACUAUGAUAAACCGUGCAGGACUAAACGCGAAAGGUACCUAUAAAAACUAUUAAAUGCCCGGCUGCAAGUUGAAGACGUGCAUCAGGAAACAGAACCAAAAUGUUGACGAACCGGAGAGCGGGCAGUCGCAGAGAACUGCAGCGCCUGUGCCCCGCGCGUCUUUUCUCAAUGAGGAUAUACCUGGAACUUCUUCUGGGGUGAGACCGGCAGUGCGAGCUGGACGAGAGCCAGAGCCACCACAUGAUGAUCUGUACCAUUCCAUGAAACUUGGAUUUUUGUCCGCGUGGAAGAGCGCUAGCAACUUGUGGAAGAAGACAAAAGACCCGUACAGCUGGCAGCUGCUUAAGAGCAUUACCAUGUUCACACUGGGGCUCAAACUGUUCGACGAUAUCCACCGACACUUGACCAAAGACUCGACAAGUUGUGUUUAGCUAAUAAAACAUUAUUUGAAGAGA